CUCCGCGUGUCCCGCCCUGGUCAGUGCACCGGGCUGGCAGCGCGUGAGCGAGAAGAUGUCGUCUCCUCAGACCCGGGAGGACGGACAGGGCGGCGACGGCCGCGACGAUCCCCCCCGGGACCUUCGUAGCGUCCUGGUCACCAGUGUGCUCAACCUCGAGCCGCUAGACGAGGAUCUCUUCAGAGGAAGGCAUUACUGGGUACCCACCACCCAGCGGCUGUUUGGAGGUCAGAUCGUGGGCCAGGCCCUGGUGGCCGCAGCCAAGUCUGUGAGUGAAGACGUCCACGUGCACUCUUUGCACUGCUACUUUGUUCGGGCAGGGGACCCAAAGGUGCCAGUGCUGUACCAGGUGGAGCGGACGCGGACAGGUGCAAGCUUUUCGGUGCGCUCCGUGAAGGCGGUGCAGCAUGGGAAGCCCAUCUUCACCUGCCAGGCCUCCUUCCAGCAGACCCAGCCCAGCCCUGUGCAGCACCAGUUCUCCAUGCCCUCUGUGCCCCCACCGGAAGAGCUGCUGGACCACGAGGCCCUGAUUGACCAGUAUUUGAGGGACCCUAACCUCCAGAAGAAGUACCGAGUGGGGCUGAACCGAAUUGCUGCCAAGGAGGUGCCCAUUGAGAUCAAGCUGGUCAACCCACCCUCCUCCCUGAGCCAGCUACAAAGGACGGAGCCCAAACAGAUGUUCUGGGUGCGAGCCCGGGGCUAUAUUGGGGAGGGCGACAUCAAGAUGCACUGCUGCGUGGCCGCCUACAUCUCGGACUAUGCCUUCCUGGGCACGGCACUGCUGCCCCACCACCGGCAGCAUAAGGUGCACUUCAUGGUCUCCCUGGACCACUCUAUGUGGUUCCAUGCUCCGUUCCGCUCUGACCACUGGAUGCUCUAUGAGUGCGAGAGCCCUUGGGCUGGUGGUUCUCGGGGGCUGGUCCAUGGGCGGCUGUGGCGUCGGGACGGGGUCCUAGCCGUGACCUGUGCCCAGGAGGGCGUGAUCCGAGUGAAGCCCCGGGUCUCAGAAAGCAAGCUGUAGCCAGAGGUACCAGCUUGGCCUGGGCCUUCCAGAAACUCCUUUCUCCCACCAUUCCUGAGGCAGAGUUACAGUUGAGGGCUGAGCCUUCUGUCCCCUGCCCCCCUCCCCCCCUCCCGCCCCCAUCCAAUAAAGAGACUCAUACCGCU